AUGAAGUUCGGCCUGUUCACUUUCUUCCUUGUUCUCCUUCUUGCUAUCUUUGCAGCUGCGGAGGCGCCAGAGCCGCCGACCGAGCUCGAGAUCAACACGACUUACUUGCCGGAGGAUUGCAAAGUGAAGGCACAGAAUGGUGACGUGCUCAACGUACACUACACUGGCAAACUGUUCUCCAAUGGGAAGAAGUUCGACUCGAGCUUUGACCGCAACAAACCGUUCCAAGUGACCUUGGGCAGAGGCCAGGUCAUCAAGGGCUGGGAGCAAGGUCUCCAGGGCAUGUGCGUAAAUGAGAAGCGCACUCUCAGCAUCCCAUCGGAUCUUGCGUACGGCAAGCGUGCUAUGGGCUCCGCGAUCCCUGCAAACUCGGCCCUCGUCUUCGACGUCGAACUCGUCUCUUUGGAUGCCAAGGGACCGCGUGAAGAGCUAUAG